AGAACCUUGGCAUACGUCGAAGGAUGCUUCUGAAUAGGGAUCCAAGAUGAUUUGGACGACCAUGCAAUCGAAACGCCGGAGCCUCUGAGACUCCCACGAUAGCUAUAUAAUCAAAGGCGCUCAUCCGGGUUGACGUUUCGAGUGUCGCUCGGCUUUCUCUCCCAUCAAGCUACGCUCUUCUACAGACAUCCAGCUCGCUACCAGUGCUUCUCUCCCUCACACACAAAGACCCUCCAAGAUGAAGCUCUCUUUCCUGUCCCUGCUCUCUCUCCUUUCCUCCGCCGCCACGACCCUCGCGGCUCCGACUGACACCGCAACCGGAGUCACGGCCGACAAUGCCAACGACGGUCCGCCAUCUUGGAGAAGGGACAUUGAGGCUGCAAGCGGAGUAACCGCCGACAACGCCAAUGACGGCCCGCCAUCCUGGAGACGGGACAUCGAUGCCAGAAGCCUGCAUGACCCUGCCUCUAACCCAACCCGACGCCAAAACGGCAACCCCAACACGGAAGCGACGCUCCAAGCGUGGCGCUUCGACCCCAACUGCGCCCCUGGCCCGGGCUUCAACUUCCUGUGGUUCCCCGUCUCGUGGACGUCGGCCAACGCGCCCAACGGCGCCUGCCACGAGUUCUGGGAGGGCGGGCAGCGCCGCGACAUCCUGUCGGUCAUGGCCACGGGCGGCUGGCGCGGCACCUGCCGCCUGCGCAUGUACCAGAACCCCGGGUGCACGGGUUCGUUUGCUCUGCAGACGCCGGGGGUCUGUGGGAAUCGGGGUGGUGCGCCGAUUGCGAGUUUUAAUGUUGUUUGCUGAGGACCUGAUGGUUGUGUCCUGAGGAAGGGGGGGGCCGGGUUGGUGAGGGGGGUCAGUUUAGGGUAUGAAGUUGGCUAGUUAUCUCCUGUGGCUUGCGGGCGGAGGAAUGU